UGUUGUGUCUGCAUGUGGUCAGCCUCAAGGAGUUUGGAGUUCAUGCAGUUGCUGUAUGCAUUUAAUUCAGGUAGGUUUUGAUUGCGGUACUGUAACGUAGGCCUUGGUGUAUACCUUGUAAAUGAACAAAUGGGCAAUGCCAAGGCGCUUUAUUUGUUACCAUAUAAACUCAUAAGCGACUCAGGCCUGGUUUAGGUCACGAUAAUCGAUGUUCAUUAUCAUUGCAAUACUAGUGCUGAUGCGAUAUUUCCGACCAUAUGUCCCCAGGCCUACAACUAUAAAGUUUCGUUAUUUGGUCGUUUCCCUAUCAAAAAUGAAACCUACAGUAUUCGACAUAUCUAUAGAAAUCGUUACCUUUGAAAGCGGAUAACGUUUAGUAACUAUGGUCUUAUGGUAUAAUCAAUCAGAUAUUUACAAAUUUGCAAUAGUACAGUCAUCAGUCAAUCAGUCAUACUCUAGCAGUCAUACUCAUGCAUGGCCAUAAGCAGCCUAAAAAUGCGUGGUAUUUGUCUCUUUUAUGUAGUCUCAUAGUUUGGAAAAGUUUUGAAAGCUUGCGCGUGAAAAUAUUUCACGCUCGCCAUUUUUGGGCUGCUAUGAGCAGGACUGGCGGGCGGGAAAAUUAAGGCGGGAGAAAACAGUCGGGCGAAAGAAAGUUAUGAGUUUUCCAUACAUUUUUUUGCCAGUCCACUGGUGGACUGGAAAUACACGAUUGCAUGGCUAGAAAACGAUUAAGGUUUUUUAUCGCUCGGCCGUUCUCCAGCCUUAACUUACUUCCUGCAAGUGCAUAAAACGCCGUCAACGAGCAUUUCAUAAGAAAAACCUUCAAUUUUACCGUAAUCGUGUUAACACUGAACGGAAAGUGUCGAAGUAGGUUUUUUCCAUUAAAAGUAAAGCAUCUAAAAGAGUCUAAGCCAUCUCUUUGGUGGAAGGAAGUAAGACAAAUUUUUGGAAUGGUUGCAGACCAUAGAUAUCUUAUAUACACUAGAUAGCGCAUCUCUUUUGGUAAAAUUGAAGCCAAGAAUAUUCCAGCGGUUACCCCCCAUUUGAAUAGAUGGCGGCCAUGUGAAGUUUCCCACUCGCUAAUAAACGCUUAAAAAACAACAACUUUUGUCAUUUGAAUAGUUUGAAAAUUUAUUUGGAAUAGGUUUAACUAGUUUAAGUUCUCUGUUUGAGAAAUAGAAAACAUACGAGUCUUCUCGUUUCAUGGGAAUAUCCUGAGCCUGCAAUCACGGCUUCAAUUUUUGAAUUGUAGAAUAAUUACUAUCUAGUGUAUAUAAGAUAUCUAUGUUGCAGCGUCAGCAGCAAAAAAUUGUUAGAUUAAUUGCAAUUGGACCAAACUGAAAACGAUUCGCCUGAAAAUAUUGCAGACCGUAUAAAGAAGCUUUCUUAAAUCCAUUGCUCCAGUAGGAGUCUACUAGCGCCAGUGAUGCUUGUGAUACAGAUGACGAAUCUCCGAAUUUCCCUUUGGUCUUUAAAAUUACUCAAUUAGAGGUUUAUAACAUUCUCCGUAACUUAAAUCCGCGGAAAGCAUCUGGUCCUUAUUGAAUUCCGAACUGGCUGUUGAGAGAUUAUGCUGAACUUUUAACCGUACCAGUUUGCUCCAUACUAAAUAGUUCUUACCAGAAAAUGAAGCUUCCUACUAUCUGGAAGUAUGCCAACGUCACCUCUAUACAUAAACUCAAACCGGUUACAAACAUUAACAAGCAUCUCCAACCAAUUUCUUUAACAUCACAAUUUCAAAAGUUGCCGAGGAAUUUGUUGUGUCGAGGUACAUCGCUCCAGCAGUCUUAAAAGUAAUAGAGCCUACCCAAUUUGGUGCUAUUCCUAAAUUCUCAUCAAGCUCUGGUCUCCAUGAUUCAUGAAUGGGCAAAAGUUAGGCGGGAAUGGUACUUCUGCAGCGGUGAAAUUAUUGUGUUAUUUGACUAUACUAAAGCUUUCGACUUCAUUGACCACUGUAUUCUUAUGAAAUAUUUUGUUGCGUUAGAGAUUUUCUUACAGACAGAUAUAAAGGAUAAAGAUCUCGAACGAUUGUUACUCUGAAUCAGGUGUGCCCCAAGGCACUUAAUUGGGGUCUUGGCUCUUAGAGAUUCACCGACCUGGAAGUUCAUUGAUGACAUUACUAUUAUGCUUGUGAUGUUACUCUGAGUGUAUAUCCACACCGGGCAAGCUUGAAAAAUAUGCCUGGCCACGGUGGGAAUCGAACCUACGACCUUUGGAAUACUAGCCCAAAUGCUCUUCCAAAGGUCGUAGGUUCGAUUCCCACCGUGGCCAGGCAUAUUUUUCAAGCUUGCCCGGUGUGGAUAUACACUUACAAGCAUCAUAUUCACAGUGACAUCACAAGCAUCAUAUUCACCUGAGUACAUUACACCAACACAGAAAAAAUCAUGAUUACUAUAGAUUACAUUGAUCUCGAAGGAACUAGAUUCUGUUCCGAAAUAUCACAUAUUCGAACCGACCUGACCGCGUAGCUUUGGGCUGGUAUUCCAAAGGUCGUAGGUUCGAUUCCCACCGUGGCCAGGCAUAUUUUCAAGCUUGCCCGGUGUGGGUAUACACUCGGAGUAAUAUCACAAGCAUCAUAUAUUCACCUGAGUACAUUACACCAACACAGAAAAAAAAGACAUUGCUACUUCCGAAAUAGUCUCGAAGGGUAAUUGUCUACCGUUCACAACUUUGCAUAACCCACAGGCCUAGUUGCUGUUGUUCUACUUCACCAUUGCACAUAGUAUAGCAUGCAUAGAAUAGAACAAAGUUAAACAUUAGAAUUCGCGUCGUAAUGGACAGGUUCCAGAACAUGGACAGGUUCCAAUGGACAGGUUCCAAUGGACAGGUUCCAAUGGACAGGUUCGUAAUGGACAGGUUCGUCGCGCACUCAGCGUAUGAGCAGCAGUUCUACAAUCAUGACAUCAGAGGCUCCUGGGAAAGUUUUGCCCCGGGCAUCCUCUCGGCGGACCUAAACGAGGUUGCCCUGAGCACAGUCACAGGUAAUCUGACCCUCUGGCCUGGUGCUCUCACCCCGUUGGUCUAGCGCAAACGAAAAGGGGAUAGAAUCAGACGCGUCCGUUAUAAACUAGUAGUAAUAAGGUCAGUUCAUUUAUAAAAUGUUUUUAUCGUCAAUGUAAUUUACUAGUAGGUGAAAACUGCUUUUGUAAAAAGCUGUUGGUUUGAGAUCGCGAAGUUAUAGCGCUGUUUUUGAGAACUGGGAAAUCGACUAUAGGCCUUUAUGCCUGUUGUCCACUAGGCGAAUUUGUUCACGCGAUGAGAGUUGCAAUUAUCAACUCCCAUCCUCGUUUGACUGGGCUUUAGGCCACAUAAAAUAAAUUCCUUGAUUCUCAUCACCGCCCGACUGUAUUUUAAGAGCCGCGUGAAAUUUUUUUAUAUUUUGUUAUACAAUAUAAAUGUACCGCCCGACAAAAUAUUUCAAGACAGUUAAGUUUUUUAUAUUUUAUAUUGGGUUUUUAGUGCCAUUUUAAACUGCCAAUUUCAAACAAAUAGAACCUUGAAAGAAAUUUCAUUGCAUUUUAACGGAACUUCGCAUUCAGUUCAAGGGCCAGUCAUUGUUCGUGGGGAAAUAUGUUUAUUUCAGUUUGUGACACUUUUAUUUAUUGAUAUAUAUUAAAUUAUAUAAAUAUAAAAUAUAAACCUCCCGCCUCUUUGACAUUUUCAAAGUGUAGUGAUGAGAAUCAAGGAAUUUAUUUUAUGUGGCUUUAGCAAUAUUAACACUUAGCUGCAUGUUCUUUUUGUGGCACAGUAUAGAUAACUCAAGCUUAUAUUGAAAAUGAGUUUUUCAUUGGAUCUUGAUGCUUUAAUUACCCUUAUGCCUAUUUGUCUUCUACUGUUUUGCUUCACAUGCAUUGGAUUACCUCGAGGACCAGAGAAAUUCACUGCAAUAUGGGCAUUGUUUAGUGGCUGUAUUAUACACAUAUGGAUAGAGGGGUAAGUUAGAUUUAUUAUUUACCAUAUUUUACCCAAAAGGUUAGGGCGUACUACACACCCAUGGCUCCAAUAACGGGUUAUAACCACUGAUCUAAUAGUGGUUAUAACUGGUUAUAUUUGAAUACUGUUACUCUUUUCCCUAGAAGCGCGAGGACUGUAGUUCAUUUGCACAUAGUCUCAUGGGCGUACCGGAAGGAAAAAAUUAGGGGGGCGGAAAGAAAAUUGCCCGACUUUUCGGGAUUCUGCCCGACUAGUACCAAAAAUUUUUUUCCGGAAAAAUUAUUUUGGCGACCUCCCUCCCCCCCCUCCCCCCCGUCGCCAAAAAAAUUUCGGUCAGUGUACCAUUUUAGGGGUCAAAAAAAUUUUCCGGACAACCAAUAUUUUUCCGAACAUAACACAAAUUUUCGAAAAGUCACAAAAUUUGCCAAAAAAUUGACUUAAUUUUAGACAACAUUGACAGAAUUUGUCCCAUUUUUUUUUAUUGCAAACCAAAAUUGCCCAACUGUUGAUCGAAUAUUGCCCGACUGCCCCAAAAACUGGGGGGAUACCGCCCCCCCCCCCGCCCGGUACGCCUAUGAUAGUCUGUCAAUAUAUGAUGGUUUGGACACCCGGCAAACCUGAAAGCUACAAAAUAGAAGACCUUUGUUGUUUGAUGUACCUCACCGUUUACAAAUCCUUUGUCUCAACUUCAUUAAAUAUUAUUCAUCGUGGCUGCACGUUUCAUCUCAGCUAUCCUUAUUGGACGAUUAAUACAAUGAGCUUAAUCACCGUGACCGUGCAUAAAUUAACAUAAACUCAGACAAAAACAUAAUACAAUGACUUCUGUUCAGUUUCCAGACCAUCAUAUCUUAAUAAAUGAAUGUAAAGUCCGGUCGAAUUGCAUUCACGACACAACGUUUCAAACACUCUGGCACAGACUCUGAUCUAGUGUUGCAACGUUGCUCUAAAGGGAUGACGUCAUUGGUGGGAGAUACUCUUGUGGGGAAUAGCUAUACCGUCAUCUCUAAUCAAAGCUUGGAAGCGAUGUCUCUAACCAUAACGAUUGUUACUGCUGAUCUGAUGAUCUCAGAGUCUUCCCAUGCAAUCGUAUACUUCGUUUGACACACGUGAUCGGCCAAAUUUCGAUUAAUAUAUACCAAUGCCUUUGUUUUUAGAGUUGUAUGCUUGACUCGUCGAGGUCCACAAUGGAUGACAAUUAAAUUUGAUGAUUUUGAUACACGAUAUCGAGACCAUGAACCAAAUGCAAUGGCCAUGGUUUGGUUAGAACUUUUCUUUCAAGGACCGCUUUCUGUGUUGUGGUUAGUAUGUGUUUAGAGUAUACAUAUAGUCUAGAUGGAAGGUGCAAAGCUGGAUGACAGAUGCAAAUUUGCUUAUCAAAUCUCAGUUUUUAAGCUUUACCAAAAAUCCAACAUUUACCUUCGGGUCUCUUCCGGAAAACUUUAUUGUUCCCUUUUCUGUUGUUACAUAAACCUUUUCUGCGUUCUUGUCCACAAGGUUGUCCUUUUUCCCGCUUUCUGUCCCUUCUGUCCCCCAACUUCCAACCGACUCAACAAAAAAAUUUAUAGGCGACAUCCCAACCUCGGUUCCAGGGUCUUUCGACAUCCUUUAGACAGCCUGAAAAUACGGUUAACCAUGCUUGGCCACCUCUGCUUGGCCACUAAAAGCAAUCCAUUAUUGCAAGACUUUUUUAACAAAAUCAGGUGGGUUUUUUCCAGGAAAAAUAGAAAAGUCUACCACUGAUUAUACAAAACAGUGCAUUUGAUUGCUUUUAUCGCACACAAUUCUUUGGGAAACACUCGAAUAUUUUUAUUCAUUAAUUGUACACUUUCACUUUAUCACUGCACAAAUUGAACUCUAAAAUUAGGUACGUGAUUCAUCCUGUCAACUACGCCGACCAACAGCAAAAUAUAAGUACAAAUCGACAAAAAUGUCCAUCCAAGGCAGCUAGUGUUUUGAAGUGUAUUAAUGCACCUAAUUGACUCGGGUUAGUUUGACUUACCAUAAGCAUAGUUUGAAUCCUAUUUCAGACUUUAGUAAACCUCGGGGAACUCAGGUAAAAGUUCAGGGUUCCCAAAGAAGCCGGCAUGCACCCAACGACAUUCGCCGUCUAUAUAGCGCUGACAAUCGCCGGUUAUUUUGGUUCCAAAUAAUAAACCAAAAUAUUUCCUCACCACAGAAAUGUCAAGGGAAAGGUUUCUUGCUUUUAUAACAUACAUUUUAAACGAUGUUCUUAAACAUUUGGAUUAAUUGGAUAUGACAGUUUCCAAAACUACAGUAACUCCACAAAAUAGCUGGGAAUCCCAUUUUAGUAUAGGUCUAAAUUUCAAAAUCUUCCCGGGGAGACGCCCUCGGAACCUCUCCCCCCGUAGGAGAGUGGUAGCUUCGAGCCUGAAGCCGGUUACAGACGGGCAAGUUUUCUAUGACAAGUUUUUAUGUGACAAGUUUUAUUUGCCAAGUGCACGUGUGUAUAUGCAACAAAUUUUAUAUGACAAGUUUUCAUAUGACAAGUUUUAUUUACUGGUGUGAACGUGUCAACAAGUUUACUUUGACAAUUUAUUAGUAGGCAGCAUUGUUAUUGUACAGCGGUAACGCGAGCUCGCGCGCAGGCCAAUCACAUCAAAUGCUCAGAUUACUUUGACAAGUUUUCUUUGUUGACCCAUACAGACGAACAAAAUUUGUACUUUGACAAUUUUUUCUAUGACAAGUGCACUUGUUCAAAAGCUCUAGCAUGCUAGAUUUUGAACAAGUGCACUUGUCAUAGAAAAAAUUGUUAAAGUUGCUCGUACAGACGAGCAAAUAAAACUUGUCACAUAAAAACUUGUCAUAGAAAACUUGCUCGUCUGUAACCGGCUUGAUACUCAGGUUAGCACCACAUAGCCGCCACUUCUUUCAAAACGCCUCGUAUACUGUAAAUUCUAAUGGAAACCUGAGGUUGUUUUUCGCAUGCUUAUCUCACUCGAGCGAGUACAUGUCCGCUUUAGCCAGCUCAAAAGAAUUCAUUACAAAGACUGUCCACCGUGAUUGUUGCAGUACAGUGUGUCUAAAAAAAAAAGGUAAUCGAAGUUCAGCGCGCUAUUGUAUCUCAAUUACCCUGCGCAUGAUUUUUCAUAUUCGGAAAGAUCAGGCUUUUAGCUGUUGAAUGACAUGUUCUUCAUGCAAAUGGUAACAAAUGAGCAAAUACGUUUGGUUUUAGUUGGGUCUAAAAACAUUGAAAAUUAACCCCCUUUAGGAUUUAAGUUGAUGAAUUUCACUUCAAUAAACCACGCACAUAUUCAUAAUUAUUAUUAUCAAGAUUCAAGUACGAAUAAAUAGCUAUGACAAUUUCGUGAUUAAUUGCUUUUUCUUUUGUUAUAUGCACUACUUUAAUUAGGCACUCGUACUUGCUUAUUUUUCUCCAAUUGGCAUGAAAAACAUGUCAUUCAAUAGCUAAAAUCCUGAUCUUUCCGAAAAUGAAAAACUUUGUUCAUACGCUGAGUAAUUCACGUACAAUAGUGUGCUGAAGUUGGACAACCUUUUUUUAUACACACUGUGUAAGUCAAUGAAAUUUCAAAUUAUCUACGGCUAUGUACGUACUUUGUGCACCUGAUUAAAAACACUCAUAUAAAGAUUGGGGGUAGGCCAGCAGUACCAUUUAAAAUAUAAAUAGUAUAAUCUCCUAUACUUAUAUAGGUACCACGCCAUAGUGAAUGAAUUGUGGUACAAGCCAUUUGUUGCUAUUCUUGUUUGUACAUCUGAAGUGUAUGGUACCACUGUUUUUGUUUUGGCUGAAGCUAUGGAUGGUUUUAAACAUAUAAUAAUGGUAAGCGAAAUAUUGAAUUUUGUAACAUGAUACUUUUGUAUCGGUAAAUUUGACAAAUGACUUAUAUUUUUUGGUUAUAUAUUAGAGUAUUUCUUUUUUAUAUUUGUUUAAUACAUGCAGCUGUGCAUGUAUACGACUCGUAUAUCAAUUUGUUUGCAAUAAGAAUGCUUGGCUUAUUUUUAUAUAUAAUGACGUACAGACUAUAGCAACUGCCCCGAAAGGUCUGCCAUACACCUUUCAAAUUCCUACUACAUUUUAUCUUUCCUUUAGUCACACUUUUAGAUAAAUUGCUUGUUUUGAAUUUCUAGGAUUCUUGGCCACCGUCAUUCACUUCUACGAAUGAUAUACUUAAUUUCUGGAUAAUAUUCGUUUUCGCCAGCACCGUGUACAUCGCAUGGCCAACGAUCGUUAUCAUUAGAUACAUCUCAGAAUUUGCACCAAGCAAAGACGUUGAAAAGAAAAAAGCGUAAAACAUUUUGUGUGGUAAUAUUAAUACUUUACUCUUUAGAUGAUUGUCUGUAUUAUCUGUAUGUUUGAAUCCUGUUGUUUAAAACAAUAAAUUAAAGCCAUUGGGUGAUGUCUGAACUACCUGCAUGAAAAAACACUUUUCAGCGUUGAUGCUGUCUUUUUCUUCUAUAUAAUAAAGAAG